AACAGGAAAGGGGCAAUGUGGUGCCUCCAUGGUCUCCGACGAUGCCGUCAGAGGAAACAGAGGCGGGGAGACGGUGGGGUUGUGAGAACCACAGCGGCUACAGCUGGGAGCUAGAGCUCUGCGGAGGAGCACCUGUGUCUACAAGGGGCUCCAACCCCCAGGCCUCACUCUCUGGCCCCUCAGAGCUGGUUAGGACUGCCUGAUCUGGUUUCCCUGAGAGGCAAAGGGCUCCUGCCCCAGGAUCAUGGAGACGCCUGUCCACUAACAAGCUUAGCUACCUCAGCUUACUCCGAACGCCUCUGGUGAUCCUCCGGGCUGAGAUCUGAACGCGCGAGUAUCUAAGGUGACAACUCUCUGCGCACGAAGGCCUGACCUGUCGGACGGCCAGUGUGUGAAUCGGCCGAGUGUCCUCACCAAACUUCUCAUGACAAACCCGUGAUAAAACGGCUGCAGGACAGGUGGGCAGAAGAGUGCUCCUCCCUGCAAGACUGGGUCCUCUCAGUGGGGACUGUUCCAGGACAUGGAUGCCAUCCCAUGGCACUGAUGGACAACACCUCAUCCAAGCAGCACUCGGCCCUAGAGCAAGGAAGGGGCCCACUGUGUCCCUGUGCUGUUCUGUGAGCUGCCCCUCCCAACUGUGAACCCUUGGUGGUGCCGGGCACAGAACACAACCUCAGUGAAUGACAGCUGAAUAGAACCAAACAGGUUUCUUUCAGCAGUGUGCUUCUGAGAGUCUGUUGAGGAAUGAUGGGAAGUUUGCCCAGCAGAAGGAAAAGCCUGUCCACCAGCGCUAACCCCAGUUCCUCUGGGCCAGUCCAAGGAGCUGUGUGCACACAAGCAGAGAGAAGCAAGGUGACAGCUGUGGCCCUGGGCAGCUUCCCAGCAGGUGAGCAGGCUGGACUGUCUCUGAGACUCGGGGAGCCACUAACCAUCAUCUCUGAGGAUGGAGAUUGGUGGACGGUCAUAUCGGAAGUCUCGGGCAGAGAGUAUCACAUCCCCAGUGUGCAUGUGGCUAAAGUCUCCCAUGGGUGGCUGUAUGAGGGCCUGAGCAGGGAGAGAGCUGAGGAACUGCUCUUGUUGCCUGGAAACCCCGGAGGGGCCUUCCUCAUCAGAGAGAGCCAGACCAGGAGAGGCUGCUAUUCCCUGUCCAUCCGACUCAGCCGCCCUGCAUCUUGGGACCGGAUCAGACACUACAGGAUACAGCGCCUUGACAAUGGCUGGCUGUACAUCUCACCACGCCUCACCUUCCCCUCACUCCAGGACCUGGUGGACCAUUACUCUGAGCUGGCAGAUGACAUCUGCUGUGUCCUCAAGGAGCCCUGCGUCCUGCAGAAGCUUGGCCCGCUACCUAGCAAAGAUCUACCUCUCCCUGUGACUGUGCAGUCGACAUUACUCAACUGGAAAGAGCUGGACAGUAGCCUGUUUUUGGAAGCGCCUGCCAGUGGGGAGGCAUCUCCUCUCAGUGAGGGCCUCCGGGAAUCCCUCAGCUCCUACAUCAGCCUGACUGAGGAUAACCCCUUGGAUGACGCCUAGGCCAAGCAGAAGUCAAAGGGGAACCGAGGCUGUGUCGUCACCUAGGACUCCAGAUCGGGCAAACCUGACGGAGACCCCAGAGGCAAGGCUGGGAAUGCAGAGGGUGGCUGGGACACAGGCACAUCCCGGGUCCCACCUGGGCCUUCCGCUCUUUCCUCUCUAGAGGAUAAGAAGUCAUUUAUCUCCUCCCAAGGCCUCGAACUCUGCCUACAACCUCUGGUCCAUGUGUAUCGCAAUUCAAAGCAGGGCCAGGCCCCUACAGAGAGUAAAUUACUGCUAAGGUUUGGUAAGUCAGUUCCUGAGAGGGAUGUCCAGCACGACUGUGGAGUCCCUUCCCCCAUUAUGACUGCUAAUCAACCCCACUAAAGGCAGAGAUCACCACUAGCAUGAAGGAGAGAAAAAAAAUAUUAGGGACACUCACAAGCCUCUUCAGAAUGCACACACAUCCCAGACAGUAGGAUGGUCAGAAAGCAGAGAAGCAGAGCAUCUGAGCUUACCACAGCGGCCCCCACCUCUUCCCCAAGCAGAGCAAGACCAACAGUCUAGAUCUUCCCAUGAUCCCUCACAGCAAGUCAUCUUAGCCAGGCUCUCAGAUCUCUACUCAGUGUUCACCCACACAUAGCCCAGUCAGACCCGUCUUGCCAUCUGGUGGUCAAACACAAAAUGACAGCGAUUAAGUCUCCCACUGUAGACCAGUCAGCCAUCUUGGGGCUGGGCCGGGCCAUCAGGUGGUAGAGCCCUCUGCAAUGUUCAAGCCAAGGCAAUGACCCUCACCAACUGACAACCCAAAGGAGAAAGAGGCCUGGCCGAAGCUGCUAUGGGAGCUGAGAGGGAGAAGAGCAAAGUGGGGCUCUGCCCAAUACCCCGACUGGGUUCUGAGGUCCCGGUGAGCAGGCAGGCAAGGCUUUAGUUUACCAGGCACACCAUUGCUUUCAGUGAGACUUGUUUAUUCAAGUAUCCGAAAACACUCUACAGUGGAAACCUAUUAGAUGGCUGCCCAUACUGCGCUACGGAUCACGCACAUGGUGUUUUCAGAAGACUUGAGAUGCCACUGAUAGUUUAAAAACUGUACACCUGACGGAGAACUAAGGAAGACAAUUUAAUGUUUCAUCCGGAUCCAGAGGCGCAUUAGAUUAAACAGCAGCUCCACUUGGCAAACAGCUGUUACAUGAUGGUAUCCAAGAAAAAUGGUUGAUGAUGGACAAAUUCAGAAAUGCUUCCCCAAAGGCAGAUGGUUCUUUGAAAAGUUUCACAACCCUUGCAGAAAACGCCGAUGCCCAACACGCUGAUUCUAAAUCCAAGAGACAUGGGUCUUCUCAGUUCCGUGUGGCAUGAGUGCCCCAACAAGCGUGUAUCUGUGCUCUAAUAAAAGGGUCCUUUGGACUGGACAGUA